AUGCGUUUUCGUUGGUGGGGGGCAGUGGUGUUGUGUUAUUUUGUUUUAGUGUUGCGCAGUUAUGCACUACCACCGGCUGCACUCGGUGACGUAGUUGCCAAUGCUGCCAACCACCUCAACACAAUGAAGGUAACAGGCGCAUGGCGACGGCUGUCAAGUACAGUUAGCGAAUCAGUUGGCUUGAAACAUGCACUGAGAAGACUUCAGGCUGUUCCAGCGCGCGCCGCUCGUCUAGUGCACGCACUAGUAGACCGCAUGCGAGUCGGCGGCGGGCCUGUGGUAAACACCCGACUCGGCGCAUUACGAGGACGGCGACUAGUAACACGAACGACGUCACAGACUCCAUACUAUAGCUUUAAGGGCAUAAGGUAUGCACAAUCGCCUCGCGGUCACCUGAGGUUUAGGCCACCAGCGCCUCUGGAACCUUGGACGGGCAUCCGUGACGCGUUAGAGGAGGGAGCCGUGUGUCCACAUCGUUUUAUGCUCUUCGACACUUACAAGGGUGAUGAGGACUGCCUCUUCCUCAACGUUUACACUCCAGCACUUCCUGAUAAUAUCACUGGAUACAAUCCGAAGCUUGCGGUUAUGUUGUGGAUCCAUGGAGGAGCGUUUGCUGUCGGCUCUGGAAACGCAUUCUUGUACGGCCCUGACCAUUUUGUAGGCGCUGGUGUGGUCCUCGUCACGCUAAACUACAGACUCGGGGCUUUAGGCUUUUUAAGCCUCGAAAAUGACGAAGUACCAGGAAACAUGGGUCUCAAGGACCAAGUGAUGGCUAUGAAAUGGGUACAAGAAAAUAUAGAAUUCUUUGGCGGUGAUCCUGAGCGUGUCACGAUUUUCGGCGAAUCGGCUGGCGCCGUCUCCGUACAUUUGCACAUGCUGUCUCCUGCGUCUAAGGGCCUCUUUCAUCGAGUCAUUGCACAAAGUGGACUUGCACUAUCUCCAUGGGCUCUAGCUAAGGACCCUCGGGAGCGAGCCUUCGAACUGGGCCGUGAACUGGGCAUCGACACCAAUAGCACUGCAGAACUGCUUGGGUACUUAAGAGCAACACCAAGCGAGCUGCUGGUGAAAGCCGGGGCGCGAAUUGCUGCGGCACCGGGGAAAACCGCCGACCUGCAGAGCACGGUGGCGCUGCCCUUCCUGCCAGUCUUUGAACCGGACGGACCCGAUGCCUUCCUUACAAGAAGUCCCAGAGACUUGUUACCUGGGUCUGAUGUACCUCUUCUCACCGGAUAUAAUGCUCAAGAGGGGAUAAUACUCUUCCGACGUCUCCAGCGUUAUCCAAAACUUCUGAGCGAGUUGGAACACGAAUUUACUCGUGUCAUACCGCCUGAACUACUCUCCUUGGACGAAGAGCGGACCAACAAGGUGGCCAACCAUAUCAAAGCGUUCUACUUUCAACAGCACCCAGUUGAUGCCCGGAAUAUCAACAGUCUCAUAGAUUUGUUCACGGACGUCAUGUUCUUGCGACCUUUGUUACAAACAAUACGCCUGCAAGCAGCAACCAACAGAACUAGUCCAACUUACAUGUAUCGGUUUGCGUUCGACGGUGCGCUAGGCUUAUUCAAGCGCAUGCUGGGCAUCUCGCAUCCGGGCGCAUGCCAUGGCGACGAAAUGGGAUACCUCUUCUAUUUCUCGAGACUAAACUAUAGACUGGAUGAUGAAUCGCCAGAAUUGGCCGUUUCAAGAAAAAUGGUACAAAUGUGGACUAACUUUGCUAAAACUGGGAAUCCAACACCUCCUGUCGACUACCAAUCGGCUGUAGACUUCAAGUGGCUUCCAGUGAACGACACACAGCACAUCAAUUAUCUCAAUAUAGAUGGCAACUUCACCUUGCUAACAGAUCCAGAUGCAAAAAGAGUUCGCUUUUGGGACUGGCUCUAUGAAAAUUAUGCCAGUGAACCAAAAAUGUGA